AUGCUUCGAGGAAUUAAAGUGAGAAGACGACCAGAAGCUUCAUCAUCAGCGUCGGAGGAGAAACAAACAGAAGAUGCAAAAAAGAGAAAGUUUGAAGAGGGUGAAUCUACGGAACAACAUGAACCAAUCAAUGAAAGCAAUACUACUCCAACGGAAUUAAAAAGAGAAGAGUGGAUGUUAGCCCCUCCAAAAGAGUCCUCAAGACCAUUAUUUGGUGGAUCUUCAUCAUCGGGAGAAGAUAAGCCUUCGGAUCCUAGAAAGAAUAUUCAAAAUUUAGAAUUAAAUCCAAAUUUAAAUCCUAAUGCAGCAAGCUCAAAUCGAGACUCCGAUAACUUGUCAUCUCUAUCCUGGAGAGCAAGAGCUUUGAAACGAGCUGAGGAAAGAGCAAGAGAAUCUGGAGUUUCUGUGGAUGCUGUCCUUAAGGAACACUGGGGUGAUGAAUCUAAAAUAAUUUCAUCAAGUUAUGACCGAGAAACUCUAGAGAGGUUGGAAAGAAAUGCUCAACGAAACAAACAUUUUGGGAUCGAUAAGAAUAUGAAAAAACCAGAAAUUGAUCAGCCUGCAAAUACUCGAAUUUAUGACAAGUACAAGUCAAGCGAAUCUUCUAAAAGAGAGAAUUUGAAUGUAUCAAGAUUUGGAACUCCGCAAGAAGAAACAUUUAUGAGAUAUGCAACCAUGUCACAGGACGAGUUAAACAAUCUAGCCCAAAAAGCUCUCGAUGCAGAUUCAAGAGGUGACAAAAAACUAUAUAAAGAAUUAAGCGAUCAACUCACAGAAAUUAAGAAAUGUAAAGAAUUAUACAAAAAGCAUGGAUCAGUAGCUCAGUUACCUUCAUUUUAUUCAUCUGGAAAGAGGAUUGAUGGAGGAGCUCAAGGAAGAAAAUACAUUGGACAUCAGGGCGAUCAGUCCUUGAAAGAAUUAUACUUGGAAGCUAAAGAGCAUUCCGUACAAGAUUUUGAUAGAGGUCUUGCAAACAAUAUUUUGAAAGAUACACAAUACAGAUCUUCCUCGAGAAAUGCCUCCGAAUAUGAUGACCAAUAUUAUGAUCAAUUUGUAAAUAAUACAGGAAAUGAAUCAUUUGAAAUUGGAGAUGAUAGAAGAGCCAAAAAGAAGAAACGUCAACAAACACUGGAAGAAAAACAACAAGCAUUCUUAAAGAAGCACAAAAUGUAUGAAUUCCAGAAGAAGAACCACGCAGAAACAUGUCUAUUCUGUUUUGAAAAUAAGAAAUUUAAGAAUCAUCUUGUAAUUGCUACGGGUAAUAAGGCCUAUUUAACAUUGUCACCUUUUGGAUGCCUUACUGAAGGGCAUUGCUGUAUUGCGCCCAUAUUACAUACAGUAUCAAUUCGAGAGACUGAUGAAGAUGUUUAUGAGGAAAUCAUGAAAUUCAAGGUAGCUCUUAAGAAAAUGUUUGUCAAUCAAGGAAAAGACUGCCUCUUUCUGGAAACGGUAACCCCAUAUUCUUUAAAACAUGAGAAGCAUGCUUUUAUUGAGUGCAUUCCUUUGUCACCAGCUCAGGUUGAGCUCGCUCCUUCAUACUUUAAGAACGCCAUUCUCGAUUUGGGCAAUACAGCAUAUAAUCAGAGUGCAAGCGAAUGGUCAGAAAAUAAGCGUUUAAUUGACACUAAAGGAAAAGGUAUCCACAGAUCAAUACCUAAAGAUUUUCCAUAUUUUCAUGUAGAAUUCCAAGUGAAUGGAGGAUUUGCACAUCCCAUUGACAGUGACGAUUUUUCAUUCACUUUUGGUAAGGAAGUCAUAUGUGGUAUGCUCAAACGGACUCCAAACGAAGCAAAACUUCGACCUCCUCGAUAUGAGGAAGAGAGAAAACAAGCAUUUACACUGAUGCAAGCAUACUCAGAGUAUGAUUGGACAAAGACUGAACUAGGUAGCUCGUCUUCAUCGUCAGGAACUUCUCAACCUUCUAUCAAAUAA